GAUUUCCUCACUUGACACUCGCGACUCUGACUCCUUUCCUCGUACCUCGGCAACCUCCUUCGGUGCUCUCAUUCAGUCCAGCUGCCACUCAUUCACCAAAAAGCCGGCGAAAUCGGAGCGCGCGGCUACUCGGUGGCUCUUGCUCUUCAAACCAUGUCCUCUGACGCUGCGCUACAAAAAGCUAGGCAGCUAGUCGAUGAAGCUCACUCUGGUGAUCCAGAGUCCAAGGAGCUGUCCUACGCAGACGGCGUAGAGAGCUGGGCCACCAAGCUCCUCUCAGACUAUCCCUCCUCCACCUCUCACUUUUCCACCCUUCGUUCAGGUCAUGCUCGCAAAGUUGUGCUCUUAGCUGCGCGAUGUCAACAUCUCGAGCGAUUCAAGACUCCUCGAUCCAGCUAUCCCGAGGGCAAAGCUGGUUAUUUCAAGUGGAGAAGGGGAUUGUACGAUACGCAGGCCAACAGAGCAAAGGAGCUCUUGCUUUCGGCUGCAGUGAGCGAGGAGGAUGCGGAGAAUGUGGCAAUGUGGGUCAGAAAGGAGGACCUGAAACCUGGCAAGGAAGGUGGGGAAGCGGGCACUCAGUUGCUGGAAGAUGCGGCGGUAUUGGUCUUCUUGGAGGAGCAGCUGGCUGCAUUCGCACAAGCGCACCCGGACUACACCAGGGAAAAGGUGAUCGACAUUCUUAAGAAAACCUGGCGCAAACUAUCGCCCGUCGGAAAAGAAGCAGUGUCCGGUCUGACCUUUCCUGAUGCGUUGGCGGGCAUCAUUGCUGAAGCUACAGCGGCAGUCGCGCCUGCAAAUGCGGAUUCGGCCAUUCAAGAAGGUCAGACAGGUCCAUCUGCUCCCCAGUCCGCCGAAGAUCUAAACGUGUCUGCGCUCGACAGUCUAGGGCUGAACGGAGGGCACCAAGAGAUGACCAUCGCCUCCUCCAGCGGUGCUUUUGGAUCCGAGACUCUCUUGCAUGCUGCGGCCGAGCGUGUGUCGUCAGAAAGCAUCGACCGAGGAGGUCGGACAUUUGGAAACCGCAUUUUGAGCACGGACGAUGACAUGUGGAAACACAAUGCUUGGGACCACGCCAAGCCGCCGCCAGAGCAUCUGCAAAUGGUCGAAGGUCUGCUGAGCAAACAAAGGGAAAGCAAAGUCACUGCAGAAGAAGCCGAACGCUAUCACAGCAAUGCGGCUAGCUAUUGGGACGAAUUUUACGCGAGUCACGAGAAUCGAUUCUUUAGGGACAGACAUUGGUUGCACCACGAAUUCCCAGAACUGACAGCGACGACCUUUGCGGAUUACGGACCAGCCAGGGUGCUUGAAGUAGGAUGUGGAGCUGGAAAUACCGUCUUUCCGCUGCUAGAGAUGAACCGCAAUCCGCAUCUUAGCCUCGUAGCGUGCGACUACUCUGCAGAAGCCGUACGGGUGGUUCAAUCUCACGAGCUGUACAGGAGGCCUUCAUGCGGUACACUGGACGCAUCCGUCUGGGAUCUCUCCUCCACCGAAGCAGGAGCGGGCGGCGCAAACCUGCCAAGAGGCGUCGAAGCCGCAAGCGUAGACAUUGCAGUCCUCAUCUUUGUCCUAUCUGCGCUGCAUCCCAAAGAGUGGCGGGCUGCCGUUCGGAACAUUGCGACCCUGCUCAAACCUGGCGGCAUCGUCCUCUUGAGAGACUAUGCAAGACACGAUUUGCCCCAGCUCAGAUUCAGAAAAGGACGAUAUUUGGAGGAGAAUUUUUAUGGUGAGAGAGCGAGGAAAAGGCCGAUGGAGAGUUCUUGAGAUGUCUGCGCCGAUUUGCGCUCAUCGGAGCAUGCCUGCACUUGCCCCUCCAUCUCAGUGCGCGGGGAUGGUACUCGAGUGUACUUCUUCACCAGCGAAGAGAUUCGAGAAAUGUUCAACGCUUCUCCAGCACCAGACUCUGCAUCUGCCAUCCUGCC